UAAAGAACUUAUAUCCUCUUGUGCAUUCUCCAACAAAAACUUUGUUCCUAAAAUGGGUUCUAAAGAUGUUUUGUGAUCAAGAUUAUAACCAGAAAGGAACACAGACAUCACUUCACCUGAUGUCUUGAUGCUCUGACUGAUCAAUUCUGCCAGAAGACACACCAUUAACGACCAGUGCUGAAUGCAACCAGACAAAGUGAGAUCUAAGAGAGCAAAGCCCUCUGGUGUCUGUGGGUGAGGCCCUGGUCCAUGAGAGAAUCAUGUUCCUUCAGCUCUGCCUGUGGACGUUGCUCUUACUUUCUGCAUGGUCACCAACUGCACAUGCUAGGUACAGUAGCCCUCCAGAAGUAGUGAUACCCUUGAGGGUCACUGACCCUAGUAGACAGGAUAUGUCCCCAGACUGGCUCUCUUAUAGCCUGCGCUUUGGAGGAGAGAGACAUAUUAUCACCAUGAAACCCACAAAAUACUUCAUAUCCAAAAACUUCCUACUGUUCACAUACAAUGACAAAGGUGAUCUUCUUGAAGAACAGCCUUUUGUGCAGAAAGACUGCUACUACCAUGGCCAUGUAGAUGGAGAGCCUGAAUCCAUGCUCAUUAUUAACACCUGUUUUGGGAGUUUGCAAGGCAUAAUAGAGAUAAAUGGCACAGUUUAUGAAAUCAUGCCCAAGAACCAAACAUCCACAUUUGAACAUCUGGUAUACAAAAUAGACAGUGAGGACUCAGAAUCAUUUUCUAUGAGAUGUGGGUUAACAGAAGAAGAGAUAGCACGACAAAUGAAGAUACAAGAAAGCAAAGACCCCACACUUAUGCAAAGCCAAUAUGAGAAUUGGUGGACCCACCAUAGGUAUCUUGAAUAUUAUGUGGCAGUAGAUAAUCAACGAUAUGUUUAUAAAAAUAAUAAUGUCACAGCUUGUAUACAAGACAUAUUGCAAGUUGUCAAUGGAAUAAAUGGUUAUUAUCUUCAAAUAGACAUUGAUGUGGUUUUAACUACACUGGAAGUUUGGACUCAAAGAAAUCAUGUCGAUGUAACAGAAUCCAUAGAUAAAGUCCUAUCUAAUUUCUGCACUUGGAAGAUGAGUAACGUUGACAAUCGCAUUAGAAAUGACAUUGCACAUCUUUUUGCCAGGCAAGGAUAUGGUGCCACUUUAGGGUUAGCUUAUGUAGGUACAGUUUGCAUAGCUAUAGAUUGUGCAGUUAACAGUUUUAUGACAAAUUCAUUUCAAGAAAUGGCAUUCAUUAUAGCACAUGAGAUGGGUCAUAAUUUGGGUAUGCCUCAUGAUGAGAAUUACUGUACUUGUGGGUUAUCAAGCUGCAUAAUGGCUGCAUAUCAAUCUAAUUCCCCUAGAUUCAGCAACUGCAGUUAUGAGAAUAUGUAUUCAGUGAUUACCAAAAGAAGUUGUUUAUACAAUAUUCCAGAUAAAGAAGUAACAAUAAACCUCACCUUGUGUGGGAAUAGUUUAGUUGAAGAAGGAGAGGAGUGCGACUGUGGAACCUCUGAAUCAUGUCAAAGUGAUCCAUGCUGUGGUGAAGACUGUGUUCUCAAGUCUGAUGCUGAAUGUGCUUUUGGACUUUGUUGCCAAAGGUGCAAGUUCAUGCCAGCAGGCACAGUGUGCAGAUAUCAGAGCAAUGAAUGUGACCUUCCAGAGUGGUGUAAUGGAAGUUCAGCUAGGUGUCCAGAAGAUGUAUACCUGGAGGAUGGAACUCGUUGCAGUGGUGGUGGUAAUUGCUACAAAAGGACAUGUCAGAAACAUGAGAAACACUGUCAAAUGAUUUUUGGCAAUGGAGCCAAGAGUGCAGAUGACACUUGCUACAUCGAAAUGAACAGACGAGGUGACCGUUUCGGAAACUGUGGUAACAAUAGCCGUAACUACAUACCAUGCAAUAGUGCCGAUGUACUCUGUGGACGAAUCCAGUGUGAAAAUGUGGCAGAACUUCUCCAUAAAAAAAGCCAUGAAACAGUGCAUUGGACUCGCUUCAAUAAUGUCACCUGCUGGACUGUGGACUAUCAUUUUGGGAUAACCAUAGGUGACAUGGGAGCAGUGAGAGACGGCACACCUUGUGGUCCAGAUCAUAUGUGCAUUAACAGGAAGUGUGUCCAUAAGUCUUUUUUGGUAAGUAACUGUUCGUCAUUCGAUUGCAAUAUGCAUGGAGUCUGCAACAAUAAACAUCACUGCCAUUGUGAUUUCAGAUCAGAGCCACCAAACUGUCUACUCAACGGCUUUGGGGGUAGUAUAGACAGUGGACCACCUCCACGAUUAAAAGGUUCCAGUUGGGGUAAAUAUGUGCUAGCUUUUUUAAUUAUUAUACUGGUUUUGGUAUUUACCUUAAUUGCCAUAAAUAGGAGGAUGGAAUCUUCAUAAAACUAAAAUGACAAGCAGCACCACAACCAGAACCAGCAUCCAGUGCUAAAAUUUCACCGGAAAAACAAAACCUCAACCUCGAAUGUUUACCAGCAAAGGAUGAUGCCAAAGGUAAAAAGAAAACACAAAAGAAAUAAUAAAAAAUAUUUAUCCUACAAGAA